AUGAGCGGCUGGGUGGGCUGGGAGGGCGUGGUGGAGGAGUACUCGCUGAGUGCAGGCAAGCUUCUCCUCGGCGUCGCACCCGGCUCGCGUUGUGCCGCACUCGGAGAGCUUCACGCCGGGUCGGUGUGGCAUGGAAGCGUGCGGCUGUCGCAGUUGAUCGAAUUUGGGUUCCUCGGCCGCAAGCUCGCAGGAAAGCGGGUCGUCGAGCUCGGUGCUGGCGCCGGUCUACCAUCCCUGACGCUGCUAGCACAGCCCGAGGUGGACGCUUCCGCUUGUGUCGUCAUCUCGGAUUUUGACCAUCCAGCGCUCGUGCAGGCCAUCCGAGAGAACGUGCGCCGCAACGUCAGCGUCCUCUCCUCCGCCGCAGCAGCCCGCUGCCGCGUCGUGGGCCACACGUGGGGCGAGAGCACUGAGCCACUCGAUGCCGCUCUGUCUGAGCUCGGCCUCAGCCUCACGAGCGUCUGCAGCCUGCUCGCGCCGGGCGGUGCGGUCUGGAGCGCGCACUGCCACCACUGGCCAGGGCACGAGGCGGCGGACGAGCACCUGUUCGCUCGCGCCGCCGCGUGCGGCCUCGAUGUGGCUGCGGUGCCCGCCGCCGGCAGCGAGAUGCGCUGCCUCUUCGGCGAAGGGUCGCAGCUCGCUCUCGUGCGCCAGCACGCCGCUCUGUCCGUUUCGCCCCUCGCGGGGCUCGCGGCGGAGGCAGCCCCGCCGCUGCAGCCAGGUGCCGAAGCGCUGUCUGACGAGCCGCUCGAGCCGCUAGACGCGCCCGUGGAGCUCUCGUCGCUGCCCACCGAGCUGCUCGAGCUGGCGCCCCCCGCCGUCGCGCUGCGCUACGCGCGCCUGCGCGGCGCCUCCGUCGCUCGCGAGCUCGACUCGCUCGGCCUCUCCCUCGACCGAAUCGACGUCGCGUCCUGGGGCCUCAGCGUCACCGCGGCGGCGGCAGCGUCGGCGCACCCGAACGGCGACUCGGCGCGCGCGGGCUGCGGCUGGGCCGAGAUCUUUGUCUCCCAGGCGAGCGACGGCGGCGGCGGCGGCUCGCAGGGCGACGACGAUCGCGAGCUGUACCAGGGCUUGCUAGAGGGAAGUCCGGGUGGACCGUCGGAGGACGAGGGGAGCGGCGGGGAAGAAGCAAAUUCUGACGCUACAGGGGCAUUCUGA